AUGUCUAUCAACGACUACCUCAAUGAAAAGUACGGGUCAAAUAAGCCUAAGAAGUCCAAAUCCAAGAAAACUAGUGAGAAACAUGGCACACUCGAAAUCUUGGAUUCUUUCACCAGCAGCGAUGCGAUCCUGGAAAACGAUCCAAAUAAUACAAAAACGACAAAAGCUGGGAACCAAGGCUCGAAGGAUACGGUCCCAGGCGGUAAAAAGGGUCUGUGGAAAAAUCUCAACACGAAUGAAGUAUCUCAUCGAACAACGAAGUAUUUGGAUACAUCUUCAAAAACUCAGGAUAUUCCGGUAGGAAUCAUCCAAUCGGCAGAAGAGGUGAGACGAAACACGGAAGCAAAAGAAUUGGAAGCCAGAAAAGCUCUAGGAAGUGAUGUUAAUGUCACAGAAACAGUUUACAGAGACAGUCAAGGCCGGAAAAUCAAAGAUUAUCAUGAACGUGUGUCAUCAGAGGUUGAGGCCGAGAAACUGCGACAAGCUCAGUGGGAACUGGAAUUACGAGAACUGAACAUGGGAGAAGUGCAGAAAAAUGGGGUCAUGGCGAAUUCGAAAAAUAACAAUAAAGCUGAUUCCAACGACACGAAAAAUGACGAUCCAUUCAGUGCUUUCGAUCCUGCAGCAGCGUCAAGAACAGCUGCCAAUAACGCCAAUCUCAGAUCGCCAUUAGGCAGAAAACUUUAUGCCAAAGUCAGUGCUGAAAAUAGAUUUCAAAUACAGCCAGGAUGGCGUUGGGACGGAGUGGACAGGUCAAACGGGUUUGAGCGAAAAUGGUUUGCCAAACAGAAUGAAUUGCAUGAGAGAAAAAUACAGAGCUUCACGUUACAGGAAGACGAGUAA